UUGCGUCUUGCAGUCUCCUGAGCCGACACCAUGAAGAUGUCUGUCCUCUCUCUGAAAAACUGUGACUAUAUGGUGAUACAUGAGUGCAGCAUCGUCCUGGCUGCCCUCAGUCAGGUGACCUCUGACAUCUUCUUCAGUCUGGCGAGGGACGGCAAUGUGCCCAAUGCUGUGUUUCAGACCUCGUCCAGGAAUGUGUCAGAAACCUUCCCCCUGGAGGUGACGAUGGACUGGUGGUCGGAAUUCUACUGGAUUAUGAUUGACUUCUGGUCACAUGCUUGGCUCAUAUACGCAGUGGUCAGCCUGUUCAAAAGAAAUGUCCCCGGUCCCGGGUUUCCCAAUCACGAAAUCCACCCUCCAGUGUUUUACCUGAUAUGGACCAUCAUUAAUAUUGUGAGAAUAUGCAGCAUGUCUCUGUGGGACAGCCACGAUUUCCUCGGAGUAGUUUUCCUCAGAUGGAUUCUCCCCGUCCUCAGCUUCUUCAUGCUCUUCAUGUCCUACUCUAACCUCGACACGCACAAAUCCUGGCUCGCCAUCAACAACCCCAGUGUGAUCCCGUGGACACGCUACUUGACCCAGAACGGGCUGGCAAUGUUUGCCUGGUGGUCUCUCUUGGAUGCUGUGGUGGGUCUGGGCAUAGUGUUCAAGUACAAACAUGCCAUGUCGGACCCACCGGUCAGCACCGGCGUCCUCACCAUGAUCUCCCUCUGCGCCAUAACCUGGUUCAUCCUGGAGAACUCCCUGUUUACCAAAUACUUGCGCCACACGUUUAGCGUUUACCCCCUUCUCGUCCUGAGCCUGGGUGCAAUGUUCACCAGGAGCUACCGUGUCCACGACAUCUCUGCAAACACAAUCUACUGCGGGUUCCUCAUGCUCCUGAUGACCGUCAUGAGUCUCGUCCAUCUGAUCUCCUCGUGUUUGUACACGAAUAAGUCGAUAAACCCCGCUGCUCCAGAGCUCUGUGUGAAAUCUGAGGCCUGUGUGACGGUGUGCAAACUGGAGGGGACCAUGAAGCAAGAAGUUUGAACCGACAUCAGCUCUCUGCAAAAAUCUGGCUUCAUCUGAUGAAAAACAAAAAAAACC